CCUGCCCUCCCUUCCCCCGGCGCCCGCGGGGAGGAUGGUGAUGGUGCAGCCGCCCGCAGCCCCCGAGCCGGGCCGGGGCCGCCCUCCCCAGGGCUGAGGGGAUGAGCCGUGCCCCGCCGGGGGGUCGCUAGCGGAAGGAUGACCACUCCCGCCCUGCUGCCGCUCUCCGGGCGGAGGCUGCCGCCGCUGAACCUGGGGGCCUCCGCCUUCCCGCACCACAGGGCUACCUUGAGACUCUCCGAAAAAUUUAUCCUGCUCCUUAUUCUUAGUGCCUUCAUCACCCUGUGCUUCGGGGCGUUCUUCUUCCUCCCCGACUCCUCGAAGCACAAGCGCUUUGACCUGGGCUUGGAGGAUGUGCUCAUUCCCCACGUGGACACCAGCAAAGGGGGCAAGAACCUCGGCGGCUUCCUUAUCCACGGGCAAGGGCACGACGAGCACCGGCACAGAGAAGAAGAGGAACGUCUGAGAAAUAAGAUCCGAGCAGAUCAUGAAAAGGCUUUGGAAGAGGCUAAGGAGAAAUUGAAGAAAUCACGAGAUGAGAUUCAAGCUGAGAUUCAGACAGAAAAGAACAAAGUAAUGCAAGAACUGAAAAAGAAAGACAGCAAGCCACUGCCCCCUGUUCCUUUACCAAACCUGAUAGGGAUAAACAGCGGAGAACCAGCAGACCCAGAUAUCAGAGAGAAGAGGAACAAAGUUAAAGAGAUGAUGAAGCAUGCCUGGGACAAUUAUAGGCAAUAUGGAUGGGGACAUAAUGAGCUCAAACCAAUUGCCCGGAAAGGACAUUCCACCAACAUAUUUGGAAACUCACAAAUGGGUGCUACCAUAGUAGAUGCAUUGGAUACUCUUUAUAUCAUGGGCCUUCACGAUGAAUUCAGAGAAGGACAAGAAUGGAUUGACAAAAAUCUUGAUUUCAGUGUGAAUUCUGAAGUGUCUGUUUUUGAGGUCAAUAUUCGCUUCAUCGGUGGUCUUCUAGCAGCAUACUACCUUUCAGGACAAGAGGUUUUCAAGAUCAAAGCAGUGCAACUGGCAGGAAAACUUCUUCCAGCCUUCAACACACCUACAGGUAUACCAUGGGCAAUGGUGAAUCUGAAAAGUGGUGUUGGUCGAAACUGGGGCUGGGCUUCUGCUGGCAGCAGCAUCCUUGCUGAGUUUGGUACUCUGCACAUGGAAUUUGUUCACCUCAGCUAUUUGACAGGGGACCCUGUAUAUUACAACAAGGUCAUGCACAUUCGGAAAUUACUUCAAAAAAUGGAUCGUCCUAAUGGACUUUAUCCAAAUUAUUUGAAUCCAAGAACGGGCCGGUGGGGUCAGCAUCACACAUCCGUAGGCGGGCUGGGAGACAGUUUUUAUGAAUAUUUAUUGAAAGCCUGGCUUAUGUCAGACAAGAUGGACACAGAGGCAAGGAAAAUGUACGACGAUGCAAUUGAGGCUAUAGAAAAACAUCUCAUCAGAAAGUCCAAUGGAGGACUGACCUUCAUUGGGGAGUGGAAGAACGGGCAUCUUGAAAGAAAGAUGGGCCAUUUGACCUGUUUUGCAGGUGGAAUGUUUGCCCUUGGAGCAGAUGGUUCCAGAGAUGAUAAAGCUGGACAUUAUUUGCAGCUCGGAGCUGAAAUUGCACAUACAUGUCAUGAGUCAUAUGACAGGACAACACUAAAGCUGGGCCCAGAAGCAUUCAAAUUUGAUGGUGGCGUGGAGGCGGUGGCAGUACGGCAGAAUGAGAAGUAUUACAUCCUAAGGCCAGAGGUGAUUGAGACCUAUUGGUAUAUGUGGAGAUUCACCCACGAUCCCAAGUACAGGCAGUGGGGCUGGGAGGCAACACAGGCAAUUGACAAGUAUUGCCGAGUUAGUGGUGGCUUUUCUGGUGUCAAGGAUGUCUAUUCCUCAUCUCCUACAUAUGAUGAUGUACAGCAGAGCUUUUUCCUUGCUGAAACUUUGAAGUAUUUGUAUCUGCUUUUCUCCAAUGAUGAUCUCCUACCAUUAGACAACUGGGUUUUUAACACAGAAGCUCAUCCUCUGCCUGUUCUACAUUUAGCCAACACCACACUGUCAGGAAAUCCUGCAUAUCGAUAAAAACAGCUCUAUGAAGAGGAAGAGAGACUGUUUUCAGCUCUGUUUUGUUUACAUGGACCACUUGAGACUUUAGCAGGAGGGGAGACAGACAGACACUUGGUAAACCUAGAUCCCCGAGUCAAGCAAGUAUUGGCAUGGGAAACAAAGCUCUUCAGCAUAUAAAUAAGUUUAAAGUUCUGUUUUAUACAUGACCAAAACAUGUGAGUGUGUAUUUUGCAGGAUGGAGACUUCACACGCUUUGAACCCUGGCAAGACAUGGAAUCUACAGAUAAUAUAAAUGCAGCAGCACAAGGAAGAAGAGGCUUUCCCAUCCAGGGAGAGGAACUUGCUGCUUGCUGUUGCAAGAAACAACACACAGUCACCUCUUCAGACUGGGUGGGCUCCAAAUACCUAGGU